UGACCUAGGACCCCAGGAAGGGCUGGGCUGCUAGGGCUGUAAGAUGCUUGUUUCGGAAAAAGUGCUUGGGGACGAUCCCCAGGAACCGUGGAAGUCACAGCAGUCCGGGUUCGUGCCCUCUUUCUGGGCUGCAGGGAGGUUUGGAAACCCGCCCACAGAACCCAGGCCGGUACGACGGCGACGAGCGCCAGCCAAUGAGCGUCGGCUCCGGCAGCGCCCAUCCUUACGCACACUCUGAUUGGCUAACUGAUGGCAAGCGCGGAAACGCUUGACUGCUGGAAAGCUCGGCUUGCUUGAGGGCGGAGUACCGCGUUUUCCGACGCCUUAGUAAGGGCGGAAGUAGAUGCCUCAGCGGAAGUGCCUUCUGUAAGGGCGCAGGGCGGUGUGGCCCGGUUGAGGUUCCGUCCCCGCUGGGCUGCCGCCCCAGCUGGACUGCGGCUAUGGAACUCAGCGCCGAAUACCUUCGGGAGAAGCUGCAGCGGGACCUGGAGGCGGAGCACGUGGAGGUGGAGGACACGACCCCCAACCGUUGCGCGUCCAGCUUCCGAGUCCUGGUGGUGUCCGCCAAGUUUGAGGGGAAGCCGCUGCUUCAGAGACACCGGCUGGUGAACACGUGUCUAGUGGAAGAGCUCCCGCACAUCCAUGCUUUUGAGCAGAAAACUCUGACCCCAGAGCAGUGGGCCCGUGAGCAGCAGAAAUGAGGAACCAGGACCUGCACAGCCAUUAAAUUAUAAGUCAGGA